AUGUUAUUCAAGAAACGGAACUCUGGUGAUGUCUCGACGCUGGGUGGCCCGCCAGGUCCCGGCGGCCGUGGCCAGUUGCCUAUGCUCCAGCUGCCGGACCAGCUGCGGUACAACUUGCUGUGUGUGAUGGGCGAGUUUGUCGGCACGUUCCUGUUUCUCUUCUUCUCUUUUGCGGGUACCCAGGUGUCGAAUACGCCCAUGCCACCACCUGGAUCGCCGCCUAAUACUUCUAACCUGAUGUAUUCGGCGCUUUCUUUUGGUUUUGCGUUGACGGUCAAUGUCUGGGCCUUCUUCCGUGUGACUGGCGGUCUCUUCAACCCCGCGGUCACCCUUGCGCUUUGUUUGACUGGUGGAAUGCCUCCUCUCAGAGGGUUGUUUGUGUUCCCCGCUCAACUUGUCGCCGGUAUUGCCGCGGCGGGUGUGGUGAGCGCCCUGUUUCCGGGCCCCCUGAACUGCGCGACCCGACUGGGCGGCGGUGCAUCAAUUGUACAGGGCCUCUUCAUUGAGAUGUUCCUGACCGCACAGUUGGUACUUGUCGUUAUCAUGCUGGCGGUGGUAAAGCAUAAGUCGACCUACCUGGCGCCAGUGGGAAUCGGUCUGGCAUUUUUCGUUGCAGAGUUAAUCGGUGAUUAUUAUACUGGAGGAUCUCUCAACCCGGCUCGCUCCCUUGGCCCAGAUGUGAUCAACCGCAGUUUCCCCGGGUAUCACUGGAUCUACUGGGUUGGCCCACUCCUGGGAUCCCUCCUCGCUUCUGCCUUCUAUCAUCUCCUUUGCUUUGUUCGCUGGGAGAAAAUCAAUCCCGGCCAGGAUUAUAACGAGUGGGAAGUCAGAUCACGAAAGGAAUCGGUGAUUGGAUCCGAGCACACCAUGACCAAUGACUCGCCACCAAGCCAGCAGCCCAGGAUUGAGGUGCCGCCCGAGCAACAAGUUUAG